AUGUUCUCGUGUUUCGACUGGCUAGAAUUGAUCAACUUGGCGUCCUUCCUACUAACGCAUUUGUCUACCAACACCAGCGCGGAGUGGCUACGCGCGCAGGCCUCAUCUCCCCCCGAAUACACUGGAGUUGAUGAAUUUCUGACUUUAGGCUCACUGCAUCAGGCGUGUUGCGAGUUUGCUGUAACUGAAGCCAUGUCCUCCCGGGUUUCCAAUGUCUCGCAGAUGCGUGAAAAAGCUCUCACCUUACUGGCGGACCAUCAGCAUCUUGCCUCAAGGACGAGUUGUCCGGCAAACACCCUGGUAGACUUUUCUUUGCGCCAGAGUCCCGCAGACGGGCUGGCCUGCAAACACAACCGCACCCUGGCGUUCUAUCCGAUCUCUUCGGUCGCCGCGCCGGCCUGGGUGGAAACGCUUGUUGGCGAAUUGCCUGCUCGAAAACCACUCGUGGCGAUCCUUGAUCCGCAGGAGGAGUCAGUCUUCAAAAUGGACGGCGAAUUUUCGUAUGACAACGUAGGUGAGUGCUACACAGAUCAUCUUCAAUAUUUCCUGUUCCACACUUAA